GAACUCAGAUAACAAAACAAUCGCCCGACAUGUUGUUCACGUGAUUUUUCAAUCCCGUUGUCAAGAUGGACGCUGUAGCUCGCGUAAUUAAAGUCCAGCUCCCCAAUUACCUGAGAUCUCUGCCGAUCCCUUCCACAUUUGGCGGAUUUCUAAAGCUUUCUGGCAAUGAAUGGGUGCGGCUCGUACCACUGGUGGUCACAACUUCUGUGGUUGUGUACCUCGUAGUUUCAGCUCUGGUUCCAUCGAAGCCGAAAAAAGAACACGAGUGGGUGAACAAGACGGUAGAGAAGGAGAAGGAAAAAGUUGCGGAUACAUUUCAAAUUGAAGACCUAGGAGACAAAAUGGUAUGUUGCCGUUGCUGGAAAUCGAAGAAGUUCCCUCUCUGUGAUGGUAGUCACAAUGAACACAAUAAGGCAACUGGAGACAAUGUGGGUCCUAUUAUUGUCAAAAGGGCAAACCCUUCCUCUUAAAAGAGAUUUCUCAAUGCCUUAGAAAUUGGCUGCUAAAUGUAAUCUGUUGUGCUUAACCAGCAAGUGGACUCAAGUAGACAGUAUCCCAACCUGAAAAUUAAAUACAAGUAAAUGUAAAAGUUUAUGUGGAUAUUUUAGAUUUAGUGUGGAGAUUGUGUCACGGGGUUAAGUGUAGGGUUUUUUCAAAAUUUCAUUGUUUGUUCAAAGAUCACAUUGAAUGUAUUUUAGAUACAGAUAUUUUGCAUUUGAGUAGUAUUUCAAUUGUAAAGCUACAACUAAUUUUGUCAACUGAAUAAAGCUGAUGUAUACACAUC